AUGUCUUACGAUGACUUCGAUGACUCUCUGGACGAUAUAUUGGGCAACAUUACAGCCUCUCAAUUGGAUCCGAGUGUGAAGAGUGAAUCCAAUGUUGGGAACAGGAGUUCAGUGUUGUGUCAAACGGAUGACACCUUCGGUGACGUCCCGAAGAGAACCCCGAAGAGGAAAUUGGUUGUCAUUAAAAGCCAUAAACAUCACCACAAGCCAUGUGUAUAUCACGACAACACACCACCAGAAAGAGUCCACAAGAAACUCAAACCAACUGAUAAUGAAAGCAAUGGUUUUGUGGACAAUAAUAAUGAGAAUGAAUUGCAAAUGAAAUCUCAAGACUUGAAUCAAUUGGUGAGCACUUCAUCCGAUGUGAUGCCAAUCCAAGGGUGUAGUCACUGGACCAGUGAUAGGCCACAAACCAAACACAUGGACUCAACUGAAGACAAUUUGUCACAAAACGAGUUCCAAUUGUUCGAUGACUCGGAACUGUUCACUGAUCUGUACUUUACGGACAAAUCAAUGCAUUCAGUGGACGCCACCGAUGAUGUCGAUGUCCAGAGAUCACCGCUACUUCAGUUGAGUGGUAACCACAACGACAAACCUCAGCCGAGAUCAUCGCAGAGUGAGUUGAGUUCAGGCGAAGACUUGAUGGCAAUAAAGUCCCAAAACUCAACCUCAAGUCAAAGAAGUUCUUUUAUUUAA